CCGCGGUGGGACCUCGAGAUGCACUUCGGGUACGACUCCCCGAACAGCGCCUCCGUGGACGCGGACAUGGACGCCGUCGAGGCCGACUGCGUCGCGCUCAAGUCAAACUUCGAGGGGAAGCUGGACUCGAAGCUCCUCGGCGCGAUUCAGCUCUACGAGAAGAUCGACAUCGCGCUCACGAAGGCGCUGUCGUACGUCUCGCUCGCGUGCGACACGUGCCUGGACGACGACGACGCGCAGAAGCGCAAGGCGAGUCUGAUGCAGCGGUACUCGAUCAUCUCGGGCAACAACCUCACUUUUUUCAGCCUCGAGCUCGCGGAUCUCGCGCAGGAGGACCUCGACGCGCAGAUGGAGUCCACGCCGGAGCUCGCCAACUACUCCGCGUAUAUCGACGAGGUGCGUCGGUCGCGGCCGUAUAACCUCAGCAAGGAGGUGGAGCGCGCGCUGACCGUCCGCGCGCCGUUCGCGGGGAAGGGCAAGGUGGUUGAGUUUUACGGGAACGAAUUAUCCCGACUGCGUUUCGAAGACCCGACGGCGAAGGAAGGCGAGCCCGCGGAGGUGAACAUGGAGGUGCUGCUCGCGAAGAUGACCGGCAGCAAGGACGCGAAGACGCGCUACCAGUGCAUGCAGACGCUGAACUCGGGUCUGAAGAAUUUCGAGCGCGUCGCCGCGUUGUCGCUGAACAUGGUCGCCGGCGGCUGGCACGUCGAAAACGCCGAACGCGGGUUUGAAAACCUCCGGUCGCAGCGCAACCUCGGGAACAACGUCCCGGACGAGGUCGUGGACUCGCUCCUGGACGCGGUGAAGACGACCGGCGUGGCGUACUGCAAGCGGUACUACGCGCUCAAGAAGAACAUCCUGAAAGAGACGCAGGGCUUGGACGCGUUCACGUGGGCGGACAGAAACGCCGCGAUCGACAUCGGCACGGCGGCGGACGAGUACUCGUGGACGGAAGCCGUGGACAUCGUCCGCGAGGGGUACGCGAAGUUCUCGCCCACGAUGGCGGAUCUCUUCACGGAGAUGGUGGAUCAGAAGAGGAUCGACGUCCCCGCGCAGAACGGCAAACGCGGCGGCGCGUAUUGCUCGUCCUCCUACGGCAACGGACCGUUCCAGCUGCUGAACUUCACCGGGACGCAACGCGACGUCGCGACGCUCGCGCACGAGUCCGGCCACGGCGCGCACUUCAUGCUGUCGUACAAGCAGGGCAUCCUGCAGUUCCACCCGCCGCUGACGCUCGCGGAGACGGCGUCAAUAUUCGGCGAGAUGAUCGUCUUCCGCGACCUCCUCGCGAAGGCGUCCACGGACGAGGACCGCCUGGCGAUGUUGAUGUCCAAGAUCGACGACAUCAUCAACUCCGUCGUGCGGCAGUGCGGGUUCGACGCGUUCGAGGACAAGGUGCACAGCGCGCGCGCGGCGGGGGCGCUGACUCCGGACGAGAUGACGAAGGCGUGGGAGCAGACCGUGGUGGAGUACUACGGCGAAGAGGGCGAGGUGUUCGACUCGUACGCGGACACGUCUCACCUGUGGACGUACGUCUCGCACUUCCACAACGUUCCGUUCUACGUGUACUCGUACGCGUUCGCGGACCUCGUCGUCGGGUCGCUGUACGGCGUGUACGCCAAGUCCCCGGACGGGUUCGAGGAGAAGCUUCUCGAUCUUCUCGCCGCGGGCGGGACGAAAGGGUUCGAGGAAGCGCUCGAGCCGUUCGGGCUGAAACCCGCGGACCCGGCGUUUUGGACGGACGCCCUGGACGCGCACCUCGGGUCGCUCAUGGACGAGGCCGAAGCGCUC